UGAAGUCUGCUGCACCACUUCCUCGUACACGUGCACUUGCUGCCUCUGUGUGUGAGACGAGCGCCUGGAGCCGAUCGCCGCCGCUCAGAGGCUCAGACUGCACAUCCGGGCAGAUCCGGGACCUGAGGGUCCUGCAGCCGAGGAGGACAUGGAGCAGCAGUCUGCAGACACACGCAGGAGCUUCAGCUUCUCCUCGCUGAGAGUCAAAAAGAGACACAACAGUGAAGAGGAGGGGGGCUUUUUCCGCAGGAGGGGGCUGCGCUCGUUUUCAUCUGCGAGGGAGUCCACCAGGACAGAAUCCCCCCCAGAGGAAGAUGUUGCUCCACACCGGAAUCCCUCUGGAGGCCUGCGGACGGAGUCAGGUGCCAGCCCGGUGUCAAACGAACACGACGAUGGACCGCAGGGGGCCCUCAAGCGGAUCAGCACCAUGUGGUCGUCCUUCCGCAGGGGCAGACGAGAGCGAGGCAAAGUCGAGGAGCCAGAGCUCACAGAACCGGCAGGCCCGACCGCUGCAGACAGCGCCUCCCAGCAGCACCGGUACGCCAGCGGACAGUACUUCUUUGAGUAUUUGGUGGUGGUCAGCCUCAAGAAGACCAAGGACGGCAACAGCUACGAGCCUCAGAUCACCUACCAGUUCCCGAAGAGAGACGGGAUGGUGAGGAAGCAGAAGGAGGAAGAGGAGAAGACGUUAAAGGCCAUCACACUCUUCUGUUUCCCAGAGGGCAUCAGCUGGGCUCCUUUGACAGAAUACUGCAGUGAGACCUUCUCCUUCGUUCUGACGGAGAUCGACGGCAGCCGGAGGAACGGCUACUGCAGGAGACUGCUGCCAGGAGGUAAAGGAGCUCGCCCCCCGGAGGCGUACUGCAUCAUCAGCACUCUGGCCUGUUUCGGCCUCUUCUCAAAGAUUUUUGAUGAGGUGGAGAAGCGGCGGCAGAUCUCCAUGGCCAUGAUCUACCCGUUCAUGCAGAAACUGAGAGAGGCGUCAUUCCCAGCUCCAGGACACACGGUGGAGAUCAAGAGCUUCAUCCCAGAGUCGGGAACGGAGAUCAUCCGGCUGACACGCCCCCUGGACUCGUGGCUGGAGCACGUAGACUUCCUCACACUCUUCCGUUGCCUGACAGACGAGGAGGUGCUGUUGGUGUUCGCUGCUGCCGUUCUGGAGAGACGCAUCGUUUUUAUUGCCAAUGAGCUCAGCACACUGUCUCAGGUCAUCCAUGCCGUGGCGGCGCUCCUCUACCCCUUCACCUGGCAGCACACCUUCAUCUCUAUAGUUCCAGAAAUCCUCAUUGACGUGGUGAUGGCGCCGACGCCUUACCUGCUGGGGGUACAGAAGCACCUGCUGGACCUGGUCACCGACCAGAGCGAUCUGCUGGUGGUAGACGUGUCCCAGAACAAGCAGGAGACCUUCCUCGUGUCUAUCGGAGACGAGGACGCCAUCCUGCCCCCCAAGCUGAAGGCGGAACUCCUGGGGGCGCUGAGUGGCCGGCAGAAAGCCUUGGGGGUGGAGGGGCUAAACAGGGUGGUGUCGGAGGCCUUCCUGCACUUCUUCGUGAGGACCGUCGGUCACUACGCCUCCUUCAUCAAGUAUGGAGCCUCCGGGCAGCACGGCGUCUUUGACAAGAGGGCCUUCUACAAAGCCAUCGACUCCAAGACCACUCGACACUUUGUAAAGAAGUUCAUCCAAACGCAGAUGUUCGACCUUUUCAUUCAGGAGGCGGAGCAGCAACAGCCUGGACCACAGCAGGGUAUAUUUCACAAUAAGAUCCGGGAAUUUCAAGACAGAAAGAAAAAGGAAAAAACAAAGAAACACUAGUGUGUUUGUGUGUGUGAGUACGAAGUCGUGAGUGUCGUCAGUGUGGGUCCCUCUUGAAUACAUGUGUACGGUUGUUCCUAUUGGUUGUGCAGCUGCUGCUAAGACGGAAACUGUCUCCUGCAGACGUGGACUCCAUUGUGCCACAGAGACUGGUGACAAAUAUGAAAAUGUGUUUUUUAGAAGCCGACCCUUCAAGAAGGAAGUGAGCCACUGUGAAAGGACCCAUUUGCUUCUAUUUGCUUCCUUCUUCUCCUCAGUGUACGGUUCUGUUAACCUUCAGUGUUAGGACCCCCCCCUCAAGGACCCCCACCACACACACACACAGACUGUCACGAGCUGCUGUCACUGUCAGAAUGACCACUAUAUGCUGAAACCUAAUGCUAGCAGACAAAACCGCAGGAAAAAUGUCUGUCAUUUGGACUGAUGUAUCAUCUUAAGAAAUAAAAAAAUGUUUUGUUUUUAUCUUUUUUGGAGGGUUACAAAUGCACAAAAAAUGACCACUAAUGACCAUUCUGUGAUGACAAAAACCUUCUCCAUGAUACUAGAGGAAACAGUCUUGAACUUGGAGAAAAGCCUGCAGCUCUGCGGACCGCAGACCGGUGCUGCAGAAUCGGCUCGGUUUUGGGGAACAAUGACACCCAGAUGAAAUCUCAUCAUUGUCUUGUAACCAGAGAACCUGCUGUGACACAUAAAGGUGUUGAAACUCUUCCUUCCUCAUGAAAUAUAAAGGCUUACUUUGUCAGUUAGGAUGGUAAAAAUUAAAGCAGUUUGAGCAGAAAGUGACAGAAUCAUAUCAUGAAACAUUUCAAUCAACUGGAGACUUGUACCCCGCCCUUACUGCUGUGGUAGCUAGGAUGCCCCCCACCCCAGAAUGUACAGGAUCAUGUGGGUGUAGAUAAUAGGUGGAUGGAAAUAAAGUUUAUAUUUUCUGCUUUUUA